AUGUGGGGAGGAGGUUACUACGACACCCGCAGACAGGACCAAUGGCGCCGCCGGGAGGAAGAGAUUCGCCGCCAAGAACGGCAACAACGCGACCAAAUCACGGGACAUUACCAUGGAGAGAUUCAGGCUAAGGAAAAUGUUUUGAAGCUCACGAAAAGCCUACUUACUGUGUCGCGCAGCCGCGAAGAGACCACAAAUAGCAAUGCCGGUACUAGUAGUGCAGUGGGUGCCAACAAACGUGCCAGAGUGGAUGAAGACGCUGCCACAAACGCCCGCUACAACUCCUGA